AUGAUGGAAUUAGAGCAAUCCGAACUUCACAAACAAGUGUUCGGUGCAAGCGAUGAUGAUGACUUGUCUGAUCUGGGUGAAGUUCAUUUUAGCGAUGAGGACAUUGAAAACAUCAUCUCACAACCUCCAAAAAUCACUCUCAAACCGGCGACGCCGCCAAAUGAACCGCCCAAAAAGUUAAGGCUGAAGUGGUCAAAAGCCAAAAGGCUUUCUGAAGAAGACAAGGAUAAGGAUUAUGUCGACAAGUCGGAACGACGACCUGUAAAGUCAAGGAGGCGUCGUCGAAAGAACGGCGAAGUGGUUGAAGAUAAUGACGUUCUGACGGAUGUACAGAAUGAUCAGAAGCUAUCUUCAUAUGACGAAAUCAGACGACGCGUGGACAAAGACUUUGACGACGCACUAAGGGCAGCUUCAGGUAGACGUAGGAAACGCAAAGACGUUGAUCUGGAGACUAAUCGAGACGAAGAAGCUCACCAAUUGUAUACUCUAAUGAUAUCUGCGGCCGAUCUUGACAUCUCGCUGAACAAUCAACGAAAACCGGCGGUCAAGAAGCUCGAGUUUAUGGAGCACGUAACGUGGACCCUAAAGAAGGCGAAUAUGCUCGAUACGUUACUAGAGCAUAACAUACUGGAAUCGAUAAGAGCAUGGCUAGAACCCUUGCCUGAUGCGUCUCUUCCCAAUAUCGCUGUUCAGAGGAGUCUAUUCGAAGUUCUUGAAAAGGUUCCCAUGACGAUUGAUCUUUUACGUCAAUCGGGAAUUGGCAAAAUAGUACACUUUUAUGAAGAGCAUCCUCGCAAUGAUGUGGAUAUAACUAAGCGAGCGGCCAAGCUGGUUGCUAAAUGGAGCGCACCGAUAUUUGGCAAGAGUCUCAAUUACAGGGACAAGAAGAUUGUAUACUAUCAACCAAAGGACGGAGAAAUGUCAUCCACAAAUGGUGUCUGUGGGAGUGUCUCUUUUGCAUCCGCGCAAGGCGUACCCACUAGGAAGAAAGGACCUGACCCAUAUAAGAAUCUGAGAAGCCGUAUGGCACAGAUAAAGAAGGGCAUCAAUGUGAAAUAA